AUGGGAAACGGCUUGUGCUCGCGGAGGCAACGGAGGAUUUUCCAGUGCCUCCUGCUCGUCACCGUAGUAUGCGGAAUGAUGUACGGCGGGAUGGUGUCUUACGAGAUGCACAAGGAACUGAAGAGGACACAGGCCAUGGCACUGAAAUACCAGCAGCACCAAGAAUCUUUAUCGGCUCAGCUCCAAGUGGUCUAUGAACAUCGCUCAAGACUGGAGAAGUCUCUUCAGAAGGAGAGGUUAGAGCACAAAAAGGCCAAAGAAGAUUACUUGGUGUAUAAACUCGAAUCACAGCAAUCAUUGAACAAGGAGAAGCAAGACUCCAGCAGCAAACUGAGCUCACUUCAUGUUCAACAUCAGAUGCUCAAGAACCAACAUGAAGACCUCAAGAAGCAGUACUAUGAUCUGCAGGAGCAGCAUCAAAUGCAGGGAAAUGAUCACAGUCGGCUGAUAGAUGAGCACAGAGAACGCUACGAAAAAAUGCAACAAAUCAAAGAGCGGGAGGUGUCCCAACUGAAAGACAGUGUGUUUAACCUCAGGGAGGAAAAUAAGCAGCUAAGGAAGGCCCAUCAUGAUAUUCACAUGCAACUGCAGGAUGCUCAGGUGAGGCAUCAAGACCUGAAGACUGCACAUGAUCAGAUCUCACUGUCACUAGAAGACCACAAGAAUGCACUAGCGGCAGCUCAGGUACAAGUGAAUGCAUACAAAGAGCUGAAGGAGUCCCUGAACAAGGCACAGAACUCGAGACAGUCUGAGCAAAACACUGUGCUUCAGCAACCGGAUCCCCAGGUUCAGCAGUCCAAUGCAUUGGUGCAGUCAAAGAAGGAGGCCCCAGUCCUAAAAGGGGAUCACCAUGAUACUGAGCCCAGAUUGGACCAGCAAGAAGAGAAGGGUCAUGUUCAGCCCCAGUUCCAGUCUCAUCCUACAUUGUCUCAGCACGCUUUGUCAGAAAAAGAGGAGGAUGGCGAUGCGGAAAGAAAGAGGGAGCUGGCUGAGGAGGAGAUGGCCCAAGCAGGACAGCCUCAAAAGCUAGAGGAGGAAGAUCAGGAUCAACUGCAAGAGGAGCAACAGGAGGAGGAGGAAGGCGAGCCUGAACUGGAGCACUCAGAUGAGAACGCCUUGGACAGACAGAUACAUGAGCCGCCGCAACCACAUCAAGAGGUGCACCCUCAGAUGGAGGGCGCCAAGUCCGCUUAUGAGCAGCAGAAGGAGCAGCAGCGCCUGGAGGCUCAGAAGGCCGAAGAGCGCAGAAUGAUCCAGAUGCGACAGGACUCAUUGAAGGUACAAAGAGAGCGGGUGCUAAGGGAGAGGGAAGCGAAGCUACAGGAAGAGCAGGAGAGGGAGAAGCAGCACCAUCAGGAGGCAGACCGACGGGAACAGCUGUUAAGAGAAGAGCACCAAAGGAAAAGGACAGAGUAUGAAAACAUGCAGCACAAUUUAGAUCAACAAAAAGACGAGCAUGGCAUGAACAAAGAAGAGAAACAUUCUCUCUUGAUACACAAGGACAUGAAGCUGCCACAACAUCAGCAGGGUGCCAUCGGUGGGGGAGAGCUGGACCCUGAGGAUGACCCUAACAACCAGGGAGAGGACGAGUUCGAAGAAGCCGAGGAAGACCAAUCACAUCACCGUGUGAAUGAGGAUGAAGAUAUUGUGGAGGAAGAUGAGGAAGAAGGGGAGGGGCCUGCAGCACAUGCCCAGCAUGACGAUUCACACCAAGGCCACGAGCAACCUGCUAUGGAAGAUGAGCUGGUGAUUGCUGGAAACCCAGACCAGCAGGAGGACAAUCUGGAUGACCAGUAUCAGGAGGAAGCUGAGGAGGAGGCACAGGAGGACGUUGCUGGUGGGGAGAAGGGGAGAGAAGAGGAGGAUGGAGAGGACACUUACAAUGAAGAAAACCUAAAACAGGGACCACAAAAGGAAGAGGCUCACGCCGAGGACAUUGAGGAAGAGAAUUACGAGGAAGAGGAAGUGGAGGAAGACGGACCUGCGGGAAAGAAGGGACCCGCUCGACGGGGAGAAAUGUAA